AAAAGCAUUUUAUUUUCACGAAACAAAUUAAACUCGUUUGUUCUAUAUAUCAAUAUACACUUUUGUGUGUUUGAGUUGAAUGUUUGAAGAUAGCAGAAGUAAUUACUCAGUAAGUUACUGUGCUUUUUUUCCGUUGACUGCCCAAUACAGUUUAAUUAUUUAUUCUUAUGUGAAGAAUUUUAACAGAAGCCGGCUUUACGCUACCCAUAGUUACCGCAUUCGCUUGGCACGGUUACAUCCCCUAACGACAACGCCAAUCGACGCAGUCUCCACGCUAACGCAAGUCGCUAACGUCAGUGGACCAGAACAACGAACCAUACCCGUGUGAGUGUAAAAGGGGAAGAAGAUUGUCUGUCGUUAGACCUCCUCCGAGCCAGGAGGAGUGUCAGGGUGAACGUGGCUGUUACAGUUGGUCAAAUAAGUGCAUCAUGAAGACAAGGGUUGUGGAUAUAAGCAACUACAGUACUGUCUAGAGACAGUGGAAUGGUGCUGUAAGGAAGAUGUACAAGUGGAAUAUUGUUAAACUGUGUGGGUCUCCUGGUGUGGAAGUCCAGAGAGUAGUUUUGUAUGAUACCACUAUACAAAAUCAUGGAAGAAAACUGUUCACCAUUUUUGUUGAUGGAGAGCCCUCUUGUUUUGUGGCUGAAAGUGAUUGCAGGAGAAAAGCAUGUGGACUAUGAACAACUAUGUGAGGGGUUACUACUCCUGGGUGUCUGGCAGCAAAUAGAUCCUCUAUCAGCAGUUGGAGAAGUAACCACCGGUUCUACAGACAUCUGUGUUCGUCUUCGCAACUACAGUUGCCUAAUCAGUAAUAUAAGGACUUUUUAUGAGAGUGUAUUGGGACAGUUACUCUUGAUGCCUCUCCCAGACAUACUAUCUAUUGUGAAGAACCCAAAUGCUGAACAAAGUGUGGGGGCCAUGAAACAGUUGAUAUUACUAAUUUUGGGUGCUGCAGUCCAGUGUGAACAAAAGGAAAACUUCAUAGAGGCAAUCAAAACUUUGGACCUUGAUGCUCAGCAUGCAAUGGUUCAGUACAUUCAACAGGUUACUGACAAUCCUGAGGCAGUCUGGACACUGGAUAGUGACUUGGAUAAAAGUUCUGGGGAUGAACAGGUUUUAUUUUUGCUUGAGCAACAUAUUCAGAGGCUAACAAAGGAACGAGACGAGUUACUACAAAGGGUUAUUAAUCUAGUCCUGGAACAAGAGGCUCAUAUUAACAGCGCAUCUGUCAUCAAGUCCGAAAAAUCUCAUCUUGUAGUUGAAUUAGCAGAAAUCAAAUCUCGUCUAAGGAAACUUCAACAAGAAUGUGUGGAGAAGACUGAAUGUGUCAAUGAACUGAAGGAAGACUUGCAAGAAACUAAAGAAGUUUUAGAGAAAGCAAAACAUGAGAAUGGGGAACUACUACAAAGUGCCAGAGCGGCCAAGGCUUACAAAGAUGAAAUUGAUAUUCUGAAAGAAAAGACGCAGAAAUUAGACCAGCUUGAAAAUGAGGUCCAGAGAUAUCGUGACAAAAUCACAGAACUGGAGUUUUAUAAGUCGAGAGUUGAGGAGCUUCGGGAAGAUAACAGAAUUCUACAUGACACAAAAGACUUGUUGGAAGAACAACUAGACACCAGCAGAAAGAGGGCAGAGAGAGUUGUAGAACUUGAGAGUGAUGUCUUGAAAUAUCUUGCACGUAUUGAUGAACUUUGUGAGGAGAGAGACACACACAGAAUAAAACUUCACGAGUUAAUGGAGGAAAAUGCAACACUUCAGAUGGAAAAGAAACUAGCAUUUGAUGAAGUGAGUGAAGUAGAAGAAAGAAUGAAGAGCCACGAUUUAUUGGAUUCCCCAUCACUAGAAAACAGUCUUCAUGAACAACUAAACACAGAUGCCCAGACUAGAGCACUCCAGCUAGAGUUAGAAAAUCAGAGGUUACAGGGACUGUUAGAUAGUUACAAAACAUCGUCUCUUUCUUCCAGUCUUUUGGAGGAAGAAAAAACUAUAAAAUUAGAACGUCAGAACCAAAAAAUGAAAUCUGAAGUUCAUCAACUGAAGUCGACUGUCGAGGAGUUGCAGAAAUCUAAGUCAAAGCUGGAUGAAGUAAUGUCCGAGAAACAAAGGCUUUGUGCUCAGUUAGAACACCAGAAGGAGCAGCUAAGUACUCUAGAGAAAGAGCACAGUAGUUGUGAAGAUUUAAAGAUCUCUUCCAUAUCUCUGAAUUCUGAAAAUCAGCGUUUGCACAGAACCCUUGAAGCACAACGACUCAAACUCCAGGAAUGUCAGAAUAAUCUUGAUUUGGCUGAAAAUGAAAAUCAGAGAAUAAAGGAAACAUUACCAGAAUUGAGGACCUGUACCAGCAAGCUUCAGGACUAUAAACUAGAGGUUACAGAAUUAGAAGCAAAAAAUUAUAAACUUGAACAGGAAAAGAAAGGAUUGGAAAAAGAAAUUCUGCGACUGAAGCAUUCCAUUGAAUUCAAAGACAAACAUAUAGAUGAGUGCUCUACAAAGAUAUCUACCUUAGAAAGGGAGAAUAAGCACUUUCAAAAAGAGAUGGAGAACUGGUGUCAAAUAUCACAUCGUGUAAAAAAGCUGGAGCGAGAAAAUAAAGAUUUGUCACAGCAGGCUGCUAAUCAGAAGAGCACUUUGAUCAGUCUCACAGAGGACUUGGUGUCUGAAAAAAUUCGCAGUCAUCAGAUAACCAGCAAUCUAGAACGACAAGCGAUGUAUCAACAGAAUGAUGACCUAACAGAAUCUGACAGUGGAAUCUUCUGUAGGAAUGAUGAAGAUGAGUCCACAAGGUAUUUUACAAAAGAAAUAUCAGAGCUCAAAAUCAGUAUAUGCAACUUAGAAAAGCAAAACUCGUCUCUUAUGGAGGAAAAUGCAAGCUUACGUACUGAAGGAAGCUCCUUGAAAGAAAGUAAUGCCAGUUUACAGUCUAAAUUAGUAUCUUUGGAAGAAAAUGUCAGCCAUUUGAACAGUCAGUACACCACACUCCAAUCCCAGUAUGCACGUUUGGAAGUUGAACACUGUCUACUCAAACUUCAGAAGGAAUCUGUGGCUGUUCAAGUUUCUACCUUACAAGCACAACUAAACACUGCAGAAGAUGAAAAAGAAAAGUUGCAACAAGAAAAAAAAGACCUUCAAUCAGUCCAUGACAGCAUCUCGUCAGAUCACGAGACUCUUCAGAAACUUCAUGAUCAGUUAACAACAGAAUAUGAAAACCUUUCUUCAGAACACAAUACCCUGAAAUCUAGUCACAGAAGCCUGAAGUCUGAUUUAGCUGCUCUAAAGGAAAGAUCAGAGAAAGAAAUCUUUUCACAAGAAGAACUGGAGAAGCUAAGAGAGAUACUGGACCAGGAAAAACAUCUUGUAGACAAGAAAAGUUUUGUUGACCUGCAGUGUAAAUACUGUGAGCUGAAAGUGAGUGAUGCAUAAGUAAUGUACAGUUAA